AUUGCCACAUCACGCACUAUGGGUGAAUUAUCUUCGCAGGCUUCGAACGCCAUCAUGUAUGUCACCUACGGUGCGUUGCUAGUGUCGGGGUGCUACAUCGGGUGGAGAGCCAGAGACGGUAUCUCGUUCUUGAGUAGCAACGGUACCCAAAAAGCCCUUCCUUUGAGUUUGAACUUUAUCGCCAGUGCGAUGGGUUGUGGGAUCCUCACCACCUAUUCCCAGAUCGCCAACACCGCGGGGUUACAUGGAUUGCUCGUAUAUUGCAUCUGUGGGUCUCUCCCUAUCUUCCUCUUUUCGUUUGCGGGCCCAGCCAUUCGCAAGAGAUGCCCCGACGGCUUUGUCUUGACGGAGUGGGUCCGUAUGCGCUUCGGAGUUAUUUGCAGCUUGUACCUUUCUGCCUUUACGGUAUUAACCAUGUUUUUGUUUCUUGUGGGGGAGAUUUCCGCCCUUAACUACGCCGUGAGCACCUUGACUGGCCUCAAUGCGCUUCCCGCGAUUAUCGUCGAAUGCGUGGUCACCACCAUUUACACCAGUAUCGGUGGGUUCAAGGUCAGUUUCAUCACCGACAACCUCCAGGCUUUGAUGGUUACCCUUUUGCUUGUCAUUUGUGCCUGUGGUAUGGGCACUAACAUCCACAUCGACACAUCUUUGAUCGGGUCCUCCGGGUUGUUGAAGGAAAACAAGUUGGGCUGGCAGUUGAUCUACAUCUUGUUUGUAGCGAUUGUAACCAACGAUUGCUUCAUGGCUGGUUUCUGGUUGCGGACGUUUGCGGCCAAGACCGACAAAGAUUUGCUCAUUGGUACGGGUAUCGCAGCCGUUGUUACCUUCGUCUAUUGCGCGCUUGUGGGCACUACCGGCUUCAUCGCUGUAUGGACCGGUGACUUGCAGCCUAACGAUCCAGACGGCUAUGCCGCUUUCUUCAUUUUGCUCGCCAAGAUGCCGUCCUGGGUCAUUGGCUUUGUGCUUGUCUUCACUGUGUGCUUGUCGACUUGUACGUUGGAUUCCUUGCAAUCGGCAAUGGUCUCUACGAUUUCCAACGAUCUUUUCCGUAACAAGAUCUCCUUGUACUGGGUCAGAGCCAUGGUGGUGGUGAUCAUCAUCCCGUGUGUCGUGGUGGGUGUCAAGGCCGCGGACGAUGUUUUGCAGAUCUAUUUGAUUGCGGACUUGGUUUCCUCAGCGAUUAUCCCUAUCAUAUUCUUGGGGCUCUCCGAAAAGUUCUACUGGUUGGCCGGGGUCGAUGUAAUCGUUGGUGGGUUGGGGGCUCUCUUGGCCGUCUUUGUCUUUGGCACAGUGUAUUACGACAACGCUAGAGACGGUGCACGCUUGUUGUUGUUAUGGAACGGGUUGUACAACUCUGAGGAUUGGGGUCCGUUUGGUGCCUUUGUGAUUGCUCCCUUCGGUGGUGUCAUCAUCGGGUUCUUUAGUUGCGCUGUGCGAUUGGCGUCGUUGAAGGUGUACUCCCGGGUCACCGGAAAACCAUUUACCGCGUUGGACAGGCCGAUUCCGCAGUUACAGGCCGCGGCCGAGGCCCAAAGCGACAGCAGUGAGGAGGAUGUGGUUUUUAGCAAUGACGGAGCCGACUACGAGUCGGUCUCUUACACCAGCAAGAAAUAGAUACGAAUACCUAAUAAUCAAUAAAU